AUGUUUGCUCGCUUCGCCUACGUAGAGGACCGUCCUGAGGAUGCUGCUGAUGAUGCUGAUGGGGACGCGUCGGCAGCGUCUGAAGAGCCGGAGGUCGCACGAGAUGAGAUAAUAAUACAAGAGAGCAGUCCAGACAAUGACGCGCCAGCUGCUGCUACCUCGUCAUUCUUCGCGAGCGAGCCAGCACCACCGCCACACGACGACGCGCCAGCCGACGACGCGCCAGCCGACGACGCGCCAGCCGCCGCGCCGCCGGCGAAACGGCACAAACCACUCCCGCUCAUGGGCGCCGGCGAGCGCGACGGCCCCGGAACGAUCGGCCACGAGACGCGGCCGGAGGUGCUGAUCAAUACGUGGCAGAGCAUGGCCGCCGGCGCCUCGUCACCGGCAAAUCGACGGUUCAUCAUCGUCUGCGGCGUGAUCCUCUCGUCGCAAACGCUGACUGGUACCGCUUGCAAAGCAAUAAAAGCGUUGCGCGACGCCGCGCGCGCCGACGGCGCCGACGACCUGGACCCGGCGUGGCUGUCGGCGAAGGAGGGCGUCGCCGACGUCAUCUCGAUGGUCAACUUUCGCAACAACAAAGCCAAGUUCCUGGUCGCAUUCGCGACCAGCGUCAAACGCUGCCGAGGCCGCGUCGCGGAGUCGACGGAGGGGUACUUGGGCUACAAGGGCGUCGGCAAGGAGCUCGCCGGGCUCUUGAGGCUCGUGAACACGGCGCCGCUCGCGGAGGAAUGGUGUCAAAAGGAAAUUAACAACACUAGUUAG